AUGUCCUAUCCUCAGUUUGGCUACCCUUACUCCUCUGCACCCCAGUUCCUGAUGAGCACCAACUCCCUGACGACCUGCUGCGAGUCCAGCAGCCGGACGCUGGCUGAGACGGGGGCAGCCGCCUCCGCCCAGACCCCCGUGUACUGCCCGGUGUACGAGAGCCGCCUGCUCGCCACCGCCCGACACGAGCUCAACUCCGCCGCCGCCCUGGGGGUCUACGGCGGACCCUACGCCGGGCCCCAGGGCUAUGGAAACUACGUGACCUACGGUACCGAGGCUCCCCCCUUCUACUCCUUGAACAGUUUGGAUGCGAAGGACGGGAGCGGCUCUGCGCAUGCGGGCAUCGCCCCGGCGGCUGCCUACUACCCCUACGAUCACACCCUCAGUCAGUACCAGUACGACAGGUACGGGUCGAUGGACGGCGGGACGCGGAGAAAAAACGCCACCCGAGAGACGACCAGCACCCUCAAGGCCUGGCUGCAGGAGCACCGCAAGAACCCCUACCCCACCAAGGGCGAGAAGAUCAUGCUGGCCAUCAUCACCAAGAUGACCCUCACCCAGGUCUCCACCUGGUUCGCCAACGCCCGCCGGCGGCUCAAGAAGGAGAACAAGAUGACCUGGCCUCCGCGGAACAAGUGCUCUGACGAGAAGCGGCCCUAUGAGGAAGAGGAGGAGGAGGAGGAGGGCUCGCAGGAAGAGGCGAUGAAGAGCGGGAAAGCCGAGGAACCCACGGGCAAGGAGGAGAAGGAGCUGGAGCUCAGCGACCUGGAGGACUUGGACGCCGCCGAGUCGGAGAGCUCGGAGUGCGAGUUGAGGCGGCCCUUCCCGCACCCGCUCCCGCAUCCGCACCCGCUCCCGCUCCCGGGCGGCAGCCACCCCCCUCGGGCCGCAGAGCUCCCCGCCAAGAUGCCGCCGCCGCCGGCCGCCGCCGGGGACGACGAGGAGGAGGAGGAGGAGGAGGCGGCUGCGGCAGAGCGGGCGCGGAGCUGCCUGAAGACGGCGGCGGAGGAGUGCGGCCCCGACCCGCUGGGCGCUCGGCAGCGCGGCUGCGAGUCCAAGAUGUGCUUCCAGCAGGGGCAGCAGCUGCUGGAGGCGAAGCCCAGGAUUUGGUCCCUGGCGCACACUGCCACCUCCCUCAACCAGGCCGAGUACCCCUCCUGCAUGCUGAAAAGGCCGGGGGGCUCGGCCGCCGCCGCCGCUCCCGCCCCGGGCAGCGUAAUGGACAGGCACCAGGAUUCGCCGGUCACCAACCUCAGGAACUGGGUGGACGGGGUGUUUCACGAUCCCCUGUUCAGGCACAGUACUUUAAACCAAGCCCUGAGCAACACGACAGUUUCCUGGGCUACCACCAAAGGAGCCAUUCUGGAAACGGGCGCCUUGGGACGCGCGGUGGGGAACGGCGCCAACGUGCUCAAGGGGCAGCUCUCAAACCUGGCCCACCAUGACUCAAACAAAGAGUUUCUGGCGUUUCCCAAAUCAGGAAGCAAAAUGUUUUGUUCCUAA